AUGCGAUCCACACUCGCCUUUUUCGCCCUGGCCGUUUCGGCCGUUACGGCUCAGACUGCUGUCCAAGACUACAAGAGCUCCCUGGACAUGACCAUUGACCCAGGCACUGUUGAGUUCGGAACGCGAGCCGGUUGGUGCAAUGCCCAGCAGGACACUUGCGAUACCCUCUGCAAGGACGACACUAAGGAGAACGACUGCACUGCGGAAACCCUCAAGUGGGAAUGCGCCUGCACUUCCAACAGCUCCACUCCCGGUCUCCAGUACUACACGCAGACCAUGCCCACCUUUAUCUGCCAGGAGCUCUUCGCCCAGUGCAUCUCGCAGAACGCCGGCAGCCAGAGUGGCCAGCGGGAUUGCAAGCAGAAGAUCCAAGCCCUCUGCGCCACCCAGUCCCCUCCCAAGAACACUGCCAGCGACGACGACGACGACGAUGAUGACGACGCCACGACCACCCUUUCCACUGCCACCCGGUCGGCCACUCAGUCGGUAGCCAGCGCCUCUGCCACCGAAGACACCGUAACCUCGACCAGCUCCGAUGGCCUUGCUGCCCCUACUAUGGCGCCAGCGGGCAAGGGUGCUGCAGCAGCUGUCGCUCUCGGCAUGCUGGCCUAUCUGCUCUAA